ACCCCACAGCUGACAUGAAACGUUUGUUGUGCUUUCGGCUGUGUUUUGUUCGAUUGGACAAUAAAUUUAACUAAUUACAACUGUGGUACUAUGGCUGAAACACCAAGUACGCCCAGCACACCUGGCAGCCGAGCCGUCGAAAUGGUCAAGGCACAAAAUACGGCGCUAGCAGAAUUCAAGCGUCCACUGGCCAACGCGAGCGAACGUCGCAAAGCGAAACCCAAAAUCCUAACCGAAGAGCGCUACAUUGAGGAAAUGUCGAAAAUAAUACAACGCGACUUCUUUCCGGAUCUGGAGCGACUCCGCGCACAAAAUGAUUACCUGGACGCCGAGACGCGGCGAGAUUUUCUGCAAAUGGCAGAGAUACGUGCACGCUAUAGUUUUGGGCGUUACUCCAGUACUGGGAGCAGGAAUGGCAACAACGGACGCAACAAUGCCAUGUCACCAGCCACAUUUGAAACACCACUGAGCACAGCAAAUGCAGGUGCUACUCCACAGAUACACACGGACACGCCGCUCUCCGGGAUUAGCAAGCACAGCAGCCGCAGCAGCGUCGCUGAAGGUGGUUGCCAGGAUGGCAUUGCGCGCAAAAUGUCCUUGGAUUCCUUUCUGCAGCACUACACUAGCGAGGACAACCAGAGUUUCCAGGAGAUUAUUGAGACGGCCGAGGCGAAGCUGCGACAGAAAUACGCCGUACUGUACAAUCAUGAACAGCUGUCCGCGGAACAGCUGCAGCGGGCAUUGAUACUGCCCAGUAUUGAGCAACAAUUUGAGGAGCCCGAUCCGUUGCGCAAGAUUGAGACAUGGAAGUACACCAAUAUGAACUCCGUUAUGUAUGUGCCAGAUGGUGUGGAACUGACCGAGCAGGAACGUGUUCAACUGGCUGAACGAAAGCAGAGCAUUCAACAUAAUGCCACCAGAUUGUCCACAAUUCCCCAAUCCGAAAGUCAAGCCAACUCAGCAGCUGUCAAUCCAACGGGUGAAGGUGCAGAGAUUACUGCAGUAACGCCACGUAUACGUGGCUUUGAUCUGCUGCGAUCACCGUCUCCACGGCCGGGCGAAGCUUUCUCGCCCAUAAUGACCUGGGGCGAAAUUGAUGGUACACCCUUUCGCCUGGAUGGUGGUGAUACUCCGCUGCGCAAUACAACCGGUCCCUCAUUUCGCAUCAAUGAGAACUCACGCCGGGAGAACAUUGCAAUUGCCCUGGCGGAAAAGGUUAGCGAAAAGAUGCGCAACCAGAAACAACAAGCACUCAAUACAGCACGUCGCAACAUUGGCUCACCCUUUGUGCGCUCCAAUAUGGAACGGUUGGCCAGCAUGUCACCAGCUGCUCGCCGUCUAGCCUCAGGAAAACUGGGCUUACGUCACCACACACCACUGUUAACGCCUUCGCCGGUGGGCAAAGUCAAGAUCACCCCUAAAAUGGUGCGCCCGAAUCCUCUUAUCAAUGGCAAACAGACUCCAGUCAAGAGCACCAGCUGCAACGCUACGCCCAUUGAUACGGGAUCCACGCUGACUGAUGACCUCCUCAAAAUUCCCACAAAACGACGAAGCGCAGCAGACUUCUUUUAAACAGUUUAAAAAUAGAUCUAACAUUUUUGUUUAUUUAAUUUUACUUGAAUUUUGCAAUAGAAAAGUAGAAAAACCAGAUACCAUAAAUUAAAGUAAACAUAUUAAAAAAGCUUAGGGGUAUUUCCAUUCGUACGAAAAAAUAUAACAAAAAACAUGAAAAAA